CUCCUUACAGGCCAUUUUCAGUCAAACUCUGGUACACUGGAUGGUAUUUGACAUUUAGAUUGCAUUAUCUGCUUCUAAAUUUAAAAGUGGUGCAUUAGAUUCUUCGAAGGUGGUGACAUGGGUACUGCGCAAUGCUGUUGGAUGCUAUUAUGUUUUGGCAUUUCUGCUUUACAUACUACACUCUCAUUCAUCGUGACUCAAUCACGGGGCUCAUAUACGUCUCAGUUGAUGACACCGUUGAAAUAAGAUGUGUAUUUGACCAGAUAGUUCAGUAUUGCUAUUCCACAGCUACUUUGUACAAGGUGAAUCUCAGGAAUGGUGAAUUAGCUCCCUCGAGGUUCAGCGAGUCUAAUCAUCCCUCUAUGUCUAAUGAUAAAACAUGCUUUUUCAGUCUUAAAAAAGCAACUCUGAAAGAUUCAGGCUUUUACUAUUGUACUAGCCAUCAAAAUUCAGUGGUUAUCAUCGGCAAUGGAACCAAGAUGAUUGUUACAGAACAAAUAUCCAUCAAACCAGAACUAUCCAUCCUAUACUCACCACAAGAAACCAACAAAUCGCUUAUGCCACUGCAGUGUGUUGUGAUCGGCGUUGUCCCGUCUCAGGUCCGGGUGUACUGGAUUAUAGGUCAGAAAGAGCACACUGGAUGGACCGAGUCAGCCUGGACAAACUCCACUGAUUCAGCCACUGAAUUCACACGUGCACAUAUUACUUUACCUGCUGCAGAGUGGGCUAGAGGCGAUGAAAUUCAAUGCGUUGUUGAAUAUAAUGGCAAGAACAUCUCAGAAACUCUGAAGAGAUGUGAGUCUGAACAUUUAUGCCCCUGGCUUCUGUAUGGCAGCUUUGUGGCAGCAAUCCUUACCAUGGUUGUAACCGCCGUUUUCUUCGUGUGUUUAUACAGAGAGAAGCAUGGGAAAAAAAUGUCCAAAGAGUUCUCAAGAAAAGAUGCCCCCCGCAAAAUUCUGAACUAUGGUCAACAGAGCACACUGAGAGCAGAAAGUUUGACUGUAACGUGUUCCUCUGUGGAUCCAUGUCUCAGUGUGGAACAGAUGGUAAAUCAAUCAAAAGAAUGAUGGGUGUCAGUGCAUGGAAAAGUUAGAGCAUGCCAAAAUGAUUGUAAUCAAAAUUAAGAAAUAAAACAUACCGUAUAUCUCAAAAAAAAAUAUAUAUUUUACAGUUAGAUGUUUAACAUGUUUUUAGAAUAUUCAUAAUCAUGAAUAUUUAUUAGUUCAUGUUUUCCUGUACGUACAGUAUCUUUUAAUUUCUUUUUUUUUUUUAUCUUAUUUUGUUGUAAUUACAUGUUGUUGGUUAAUUUCUUAAAUUUUUAUUUAAUAUUGCCACUCUGUAGGACAUCAUAUACAUUCUAAACCUUUUUCCAGAUUUGUUUAUUUGCCUGUGAGUCAAUACAUAAAUGAUUGUGGGAAAUUUUGGAUAUGACUUCUGUUGGUCCCAUUUUGCUAAUAUAUCUUUUUUGUUCAAUGGAAGUUUGAAACAAUGACUGCACCUCAUUCUUAAUUACUGUUCAGCACUUUACCUUUUCAGUUUUUUGAGGUGGAGAUACAAAUUAGCCAAUUUACAUUAUCUUAGCAAAACCUGUAUAUACACACCUCUGAAUCAGUGUCCCAUUAUACGAUGACAUCUUUGACUGCAAUGUAAUACUUUUUAAAAAAUGACAGAAGACUGAAGCUCAAGUUUUAGAUUGCAUGCAUGUGCACAUUUUGUACCUUGAGAUGUGUGCAUAUGCAUUUACCUUUUUUGUGAAGGGUUAAAAAACCACAGUGCAUACCGACAAGAAUAAGUAUGAUCGUCUUGCAGCAGCCUUUCUACAUUCACUUGAGUGCUGUGCGGUUAGACCAAAGGAGAUGCAUACAGAAACAUAACAGGAUGUUUGAGAUGAGGGUCUCAUGAAACACAAAAGCACACUGGCUUUCAGUGUCCAUUUGCAACAACU